CUGUUGAUUUAUAAAUUAAAAGGUUUAAAGAUGUAUGAGUUACAUUUAUUAAAUGAUAGAACUCGAUAAAUAAGCUUAGAUGUCGUGCUAUAGUGUGGCCAUUUUCUUUUAAAUUUUCAUACUUACGGUAAGAAUUACCGUUCGUAAGAGGUCAUGGUGUUUUAUCUGAUAAAGGUAUUGUUUGAAUUCUUAUUUUACCUUGUAUUAUUUUCAAGACCGGAACAUCGAAAUGGUACUUCAGGUGUAAACGACAAAGACGCGAAACCGAUGACAGAAGAAAAUGACAAAAUGGCAUUACCCGAAAUAUACGUUGAGUGUAAAUAUUUACCGAGCAUCGAUAAACGUAUCGCUUGCACAGACAAUGGGCAAUAUUUCAACAAAGUUUACGAAAUUGACGGCAUUGUUUUCAAAGAGGAGCCGAGUAAAGAUGACGACGCUUUACAAGAAUUCGAAAUCCACACCGUUGAAGACAAUGUGACAUUAAAAGACACAGGUAACCGACCUAAGGUCCUACUGUUUUCCAUCCAAGAGACGCCAUAUGGUAUUAUUAUAAAUUCAAAUAUACUCGUCCCAGAAAAUAGUUACCAUACGAUAAUAAGUGACCAGGAAAAAUGUUUAGUCUGUGAUGUGCCAGUGGAAUUAUCAGGAGAUCAUCUAAAAUUAGAUUCACAUAAAGAUAAUUUAGAAAAAUAUCAACCGUUGAAGGAAUAUGAUGGAGUCAUUAGAAAGAUUAAUGCGAAAUAUUAUUGCGCCGUUUGUAAUGUGAUAUUCAAGAAAGCGGUUAUCGACGAACACUUUUCUAGUACAAAUCAUGAGGCAAAGACGCUUUUCGCGAUAAAUCGAGCGUCCGAUGUACUGUAUAGUUUUAAGAACGAUAAUCUAGAAAAAUCUACCAAUUACCAUUUCGAUUGGAAUAAGAUCCGCGAUGUUUGCGAUGAGAGCGAUGAAACCACUUGUGCUGUUGAUGAAUGUGUUGGAACGAGUAACGUUACGAAUGAUGACGUUGUAAAAAACGUUAGCGAUAAUGAUAGCGAUAAUGGUAGCGAUAAUGUUAACGAUCGUUCGUCAAGAACGCUAUCAUAUGCAGCGGUCGUUAAAAAAUAUGAUACAAUAAAAUAUAAAGAUAUAAUUCUGGAUGGACGGAAAGUGCAAGUGACAUUUGACUCGUGGCAUAUGAUACUCACGACCAGAAAGAACGAGUUCUAUUGUAUGGUAUGUGUCGGCUUCCACGACAUCGGUGAUAAGGCUGACCACUGUUCAGACGAAACGCAUUUGAACAAACUUGGCAAUUGUGAAACUGUCGAGAGAUACACGGAACACGUCGUGCGGAAGUUAAAUGACAGAUUCUAUCACUGUGGCAUUUGCAACCAGUUACAAUUAAAUAUCGAUAUUGACAAUCACAUAAAUAUCGUUCAUUCAAAGAAAAACAUUCAAAAAAACACAAACGUAACAAUGCAAAAUACAGAUAAAGAAAGCCAAGCCGUUAUAAAUAACGCAAGCGACGAAAGUACUAGCGUUACGUGCUAUGAAAUGAAUCGAAAUUUGAAUCCGAUGCAGAUGUAUGAAAAUGAACCAAUGGUUCUAUCAUGUUGUUACAUAUAUGUGAAUCAAUUUAAUUAUACACUAAGGGUAUCAUUAAUAGCUUAUAAUAUGGUGUGCAAGAGACCGGACGACUAUUAUUGCUUCAAAUGUAACUGCUGUUUGACCGAAUUUGCUAUGAGCUGCCAUAUUUAUAAGCAAGCUCAUAUCGAAAAUUUGGCGUUCACGCCAUUUGAGCCAUGUUUUGGUGUUAACUUGAUAAGAUUGGUCAAUCAAAAGGCACAUUGCACACUAUGCAAUAUAUUGUUUGAUUCGCAUUUAAUAAACGUACAUAUAAAUGAUAAACUCCAUAUGUUUUUAUUAAACGAAGCCAUUGGAAAGCCAAGCAACGUAAACACAGCGAUACAACCGACUGACAUGACAAAUCGAAAUGAGAAUAUCGAAUCGAUAUCGACGAACGAUUCAAAAAUGGAACUUCGAGAAACGAACGUCGUUGAAGCGAAGGAUAAAACGAACGAUUCGAAAAUGGAACUUCGAGAAACGAACGUCGUUGAAGCGAAGGAUAAAACGAACGAUUCGAAAAUGGAACUUCGAGAAACGAACGUCGUUGAAGCGAAGGAUAAAACGAACGAUUCGAAAAUCGAAUGUUACAACAGCGAAUUCGUUUAUUUGAAAUAUAAAAAUACAUACGCGAAAGUUACCCUUAAUGCGUACAAUAGCGUAUUAAGCAUUGGCGAUGGUACCUCGUAUUGUUUUGUGUGUUCCAAAAUUGUUUUCGGAUUGUUAAAAGAUCAUAUUGAGAACCCAGAUCACGUGGUCUCGAUGAAAAAAUUUAAAUUCAUCGAUAAGAGUGAAAAACAUUUGCUGCGACAGAACCAAACGACAUUCCACUGCUGUAAUUGCAAUGUGAUCGUCUCGAAAUCGGAACUUUCCACUCACAUGUCGUGGCAAGCAUUACGCGAAACGAAAGUCGAUAGAAAAAUAAGAAGAAACGAUUUAAAAUCGGGAAUAAAACAAAUCGUAAUCAAUUUGACAAAGGAAUCGUGUUUUGAUACAGAGCAAAAAUCUAAUAUCGAAGUGGUGUUUCGAAUCGAUAUUAAACGUAAUCAAAACAUCGAUUUGAAGAAGACGAAUAAAAUUAUUAUUCACAAAGGAAAAGCGGUUAAGGUGUGCUGGGAUGCGUGGCAUAGUGUUCACAAGAAGAAAGAUUGCUACCAAUGCCUUAUGUGUCAAAAGGACGUGAAGUAUUAUGAGCUGAGCAGUCACAUAUCCAACGAGCAGCACAAAGAUGCUAUAAAGAACACAUUCCAGAAGAAUUAUUUGCCAAAUCUCCUGAGAAAGGUCGAUGAACAAAUUCUGAACUGCCUAACUUGCAAUAUGCUAGUGUCAAGCAAGGAUCACAUUAUAUCGAAACACAUAAGCGGGAAGAAACAUAUAAGCACUAAAAAUAGCUUACAAAUAGAUUGUGACAAUGUACCUGAAUCAAAAGAAGACAUUUUUAAUCUAUAAAAAAAGUCAUAAAGCACCGAUCGGUUGUGUUGAACUGGCUUAUGAAUCCAGUUGCAAGUCUGACGCACACAUAUUAGUGAAGUUACAUAAGAUUGUCUAUUACAAUAUAUAUAUACUUCCUUACUUAUAUAUAUUCUUUAUCAACUUUAUGUAUCAAUAACGCAAAUGUGUGGUCGUAGACUUAUAUGACAUUUCGUCGUAUGCACAAUUCUUUAUGUUAUGUAAUUUAGGUAGUAUUUAAAAGAAAUUUGUAAUCCCACUGCUGGGCACUGUUCAGUUGUGGCAGCUUAGAAUUAUAUACAAUCAUCGUUAAAAUCCUGAUUGCCAUACACACGCUCAGCCCGAACCACUGGGGCUAGCGCCAUGAAAAUUUGCAUACGGGUUCCCUUUAUAUAGUAGGUUAGCAUUGAGGAAUGUUUUUUCAAAAUUGGGUUGUAUGACAAGAAGGCCUUAUUUUUUUUAAGAAAGACGCAAGCGAAUCCGCUUAAGUAUAAAGUUUUUGUAAAAAAACUAAGUUUUUUCACCCUGUAAAAGUGGCUUAAAGUAUAUAAGUACUAAAAUAAUUAUUUAUUUGACGUUAAAAUUAUAGAAGUAAGUUAUCAUUUAAAUGACUGUAUCUAUUUUUUUUUCUAUAAGUAUUAUACACAAUUUAAUUGCUUAAUUAUGUAAAAUAAACCCUAUAUUAUGAAUAUAAGAUUUGAAUCUCAAAUAAGUUACCCGUAUAUGUAAGAUAAUAGCGAAUCCCCUAUAAUCUGAUUGAAGAUUGCCAUUUAAGAAAAAGAAUAUCUAAACUUCGGUCUUUUGUUAAAUGUUGCCAGAGUUGAAAUCAGUCUUAGCGGACUGUCAAAUAAUAUUAAUAGAUAUAUAUCAGCGAAAUCGGAUUUAAAUGCUUAUAUAUGUCGAACGACUAUAAUUAUUAUUAUUAAUAUAUUAUAUAAGGUAAUUAGUAGUACGGUUAAAUUUAAAGUAUUAAGUUUCAAAAACAAAAUGGUGCCUAGCGAAAACCACCGAAUAAAUAAAUGUAUAUAUUUUUUGUUAGAUAAAUUUUAGCCUUAUUUUAAUGUAUAUUUGUAUAUAAUUGAUUUUAAAAUGUAAAAUGUAUGAAAAUGAAUAUAUAAAUAAAAUUGGACCCUAAACCUUACUAAUAAAUAUUGUAAGUCAAUAAUUGCUGUUGAACCUUCAAUUUCGCUAUAUAUAAAAUAAGUAACUAUUACUACGACUACUACUUUUAUUACUACUAUUACUACUACUGCUACGACUACUACUUUUACUACUACUAUUACUACUUCUAUUACUACUACAACUUCUACAACUUCUACUACUACUACUUCUAUUACUACUUCUACUACUACUACUUCUAUUACUACUUCUACUACUACUACUUCUAUUACUACUACAACUUCUACUACUUCUACUACUACUACUUCUAUUACUACUUCUACUAUUACUACUUCUACUACUACUACUUCUGUUACUACUUCUACUACUACUACUUCUAUUACUACUUCUACUACUACUACUUCUAUUACUACUACAACUUCUACUACUUCUACUACUACUACUUCUAUUACUACUUCUACUAUUACUACUUCUACUACUUCUGUUACUACUUCUACUACUACUACUUCUAUUUCUACGACUACUACUACUACUACUACUACUACUGCUAUGUUUUUUAAUAUUCAUAUUAACCUGCGCCUAUUUUAUCUGUUACACUAUAUUGCAACUCAAUAUACUCUCUGUCUGUUAUCAGUAAUGAAAAAAAUUAAUGUAAUGAAGUAAGUUAUUAAAAGGUAGACAGCACAAUGUAUGUAAGUGCUAUAAAAUCUUUUUUAGUAUGGGUUAGUGUCCAAGAACAUAUUUAAUGAUUUCUUUUUUAUCUAAAUUAUUCUGACUGAAAUUAUAUUUUAGAUGUAUUUUACAAGUUUUUAUAACUAAUUUGACGCUACAAGUAUUACUUGUGCAACAUUAUAUAACGAAAUUUUAUCGCUUAAUUUAAUUGUAAUAUUAUAUUUUUGAUGUGUAAACAUCUUCGCUCGGCACACGGUUCUAACUGAGGGUUCGAGCGUCAUAUGCGUCAGCGGGAGAUUCAUUAUUGUGAGUGCGUUAAUGUGUGCGUGAGAUCCGUAUACGCUCACAUGUUUACAGGUCAAUUCUUGUGAGUAUCUUAACACACAAUUUUAUUUUUAAAUAUUUUUUUUUUCAAAAAUCGAAUAUAAAAAUAUUGUUGUUAUUUAUUUUUA